AGAAACUCCUCAUAAAUAGCCACCAAAUGCAGAAAGAAAAAUAACCUCAAAAAUAACACUAUAACUCUUCACAAGAGCAAAGAAUUCUUCAAAUGGCAGAGGAAGUAAAGUUGUUAGGAGUUUGGGCAAGCCCUUUCAGUUGCAGAGUUGAGACAGCUCUGAAACUAAAGGGCAUCAAAUAUGAAUUCAUUGAAGAAGAUCUAGCUAACAAGAGCCCUCUACUUCUCGAGUCCAACCCUGUCCACAAGAAGAUCCCUGUGCUCUUGCACAAUGGAAAGCCGGUUGCCGAGUCAAUUGUCAUUCUCGAGUACAUUGAGCAGACAUGGAAAGUAAAUCCCAUCCUGCCUGAAGAUCCUUACGAAAGAGCCAUGGCUCGUUUCUGGGCUAAGUUCAUCGAUGAGCAGUGCUUGCUUGCAGUACGGAAGGCAUGCGCAAGAAAAGGCAAGGAACAAGAGCAGGCCAAGGAAGAAGCUAUUGAUCUCCUGAAAACCCUAGAAGGCCAGCUUAAGGAUAAAAGGUUUUUCAGGGGAGACACGAUCGGUCUGGUGGACACUGUCGCGAUUGUCACUUGGUAUUGGGUUCAAGUAAUCCAGGAGGCAAUGGGACUGGAGUUGUUGACAGAAGAGAGGUUUCCAGUAUUGUUCAGAUGGGGUGAUGACUGUGCCAAUUGCAGUGGAAUCAAAGAAAGUUUGCCUCCCAGAGAUGAGCUACUCGCCCUCAUCAAAGAUCGAUACAUGCCAAGCGAUUAGAACAAUGAUUUAAGCUGUUUGUCGAUGUAAUUCUAAACAAAUUUGAAUAACUCUGCAGUCUCCAAUUGCAGAGCACCAUGUUCUUGUGAUGCAUAGCUAGUUCUUGUGUCCAUGUUUCUGUUAUUUGAUCUCAAAUUUACCUUGUUUUACCACACCAAAAGACAAAAAAGAAAGGGAAAAUAUAUAGAAACAUACCCUAAUCUAUGUUGAUCAGAUCUUCGAUAGCAUUUAUCGGCAAGCAUAGAGUAGGCCUUUUUUUAGGCCGUUUUCCCCUAAAUUUUAUCAUUUGAAUUUUGCUAGUCGUCGUCAAUUUUAGUUGGUUUUUUGUCGAAUUUUAUGGAGUAAAUACUCGUUCUGGUAAGAGGGAGAGAGAGAGAAAAAAAACUCACUCAAGGCGAAAAAGGUUUAGAAAGACCGUUUUUGUUCAUCUUUUUUGACUUUCUUCAACUUCGGUCUAAACAACGCAUUCCUCUCAUUGAGACAAAUAAUUAAUCUAAAAUUUUCAGCAAAACAUUAACAAAAAAUAACAUGACAUUGAACACACUAAAAUAACUUAGAAACAAACCAAAUUCUUUUCUCUUUCUUCCCUUUUUUCCAAAUAUUAGAGUACCAAGUUCGGGGCAUGUAUCAUCCGUUGAAGAAACAAACUACAGAAUUUAUAAAUAGAGAAACUCCAAUUAUUACUUACUACAGAAAAGGAAAAUGACUAGUAAGUGUAGAUUACUGGGGAUGAGUUUGAUGAAGCCGAGCCAGGAUCUUCUAUGCCGAAAACUCUUGUGUCUCUGUGUUGACAGCCGAAAACCCCCCAGC